CACAAAAUGACGUCUGGGACGACUAUCUCGCCCGCUUAUGACCCCUUGAGUCAAUACGCCCCCUAUAGCUCCUCCAUAGCCUCAUCCGCCUCCGCCUCUACCUCCUCUGUAUGGUCUGGGUUUGAUUCUGCUUCCCAGGCCUCGGACGAUGCUUCUCUUUCCACCUCGUCUGAGAGCGACUCAUGCCACUCCUACUUCGCCUCACGGGGAUCGUCAACAUCCGCCUCGACUGAUCACCAGGCCCUCGGCCGUCGGCCCGACGUUCUGAGCAGACAGCGCCAAGGCCAACAGGUUGCGCCUGUUCCUGUCGUUCCUUUGGAGCUGCGCCAAAACCCCCGACGCACCGCUGCAGCUGCCGGUGGUGCGGGAUGCCCCCCGCCCUUGCUUUCGCGGCAACCGGACCGCAAAGUAAACUUUGUUGAUAGCCUUGUCGAUUCGUCCACUCAGAUCGUGGAAGCCAUAUGGCCCCUCUCUUCUGCCCCGUGCCGCCCGGAGCCUGGCAACCGGACCGUGCUGCCGCUGCGCACCUUUAUCCAGGAGACGCUUCGGCGCUCGCGCACCAGCUACUCGACCCUGCAGGUGGCGCUGUACUACCUCAUCCUCAUCAAGCCCCACGUCCCCAAGCGUGGCUUCACGGUUGAGCAGUACGAGGACCGUUACGCCGACCGGGCUCUUCAGUGCGGCCGGCGCAUGUUUCUCGCGGCCCUCAUUCUCGCGUCCAAAUACCUACAAGACCGCAACUACUCUGCGCGAGCCUGGAGCAAGAUUUCUGGCCUCAAUGUUCAAGAGAUCAACCAGAACGAGGUCGCAUUCCUGCUUGCCGUCAACUGGAAGCUGCACAUCACAGACGACGUCUUCCAGAGAUGGACAGAGAUCGUCCUCAAGCACACUCCGCCCCCGCCCCCACCGUCCCCUGGUGCCCUCUCCCAGACCUUUACCCAGCAGACGCUGGAGUGGAAGCAGGUCAUCCUGCGACUGGAUCCGGAUCUAACCAACAUCGAGGGGCUCAUCCCUGCCCUUCGCGUGCCUGCGAGAUCCAGUGAUCUCUGCGCACUGUCGCCUCGUAGCAUUCUCAACCUUCCCACGGAGCAGCAGCAGAAGCACCCGCGUGUCUCUGUCCCGGCUCUGGCUGCGGCUGAGGACGCUAGCCGUGUUGCCAAGCUUCCCAUCAAGUACUUCCCUGCUGCUAUGCCCUUGGAGCCGACCCCGACGAUGGCCCAUUCGACCACUCCUGUGAGUGCGGCAUCCCACCUCCUCGGAAAAGGCAGCGCUAUGUGCUUGGCCGUGGCUCAAGCUGGCAACCUCAGCACCGUCCAACACCUGGAGCGCUUCCCCGCGACCUCGUCGACGCCCCCACUGAACUACUGUCCCGCCCGCCGCUCUUCUCUUGCCAAUUCAAUCUCGACCGUGUCCUCUCCCGACUCGAUGGUUUCGGAUCAUUCGCACACCUCUCGCUCGUCCUCCAUUUCGUCUGCAUCAUCUUUCGCUAGCGCGACCCUCAACGGCUCGUUGACGGCUCAGUCGCGAUCCCGAUCGAUGAAAGCGAUGAAUGAGAGGUCGAGUUUGAGGACGACUAUCCAGCCCGUAUCAGAGAGCUAUGAAGAGUUUAGUUUCACGUCAUCCCCCGAAUCGUAUACCGGCCCGGUUGCGAAACUCGGUGGCCUUUCCGUGGAAACCCCUUUGGCAAGACAGCAGCGCGAGUUGGAAGGUAUGUCACGGGACGCCGCUUCAGACGCCGCACGCGCUCUUCAGCAUUUGCACAGCCAGAGCAUCCGCAGUGCCCAGUUCACGCCCUCAGCGCCCAUUGCGCCCAAGGCCAGCCUUAAGCGUAGCAGAACCGCGUCGGUCGACCAGCCUCUGCAUGAGCAUGUCCGCGAGAUCCUUCAUUGCGCGCCUCAAGGUGCUAGGAGUGCUCCUUGGCCAAUUGCUCGCUCGCGACGACUUGAUGGAUCAGAGCCUUACUUUCAGGUGCCUGUUCUCCCCAGCCCGGAGGACACGAGGAAGCGACUCUGUUGCUCUGCCGAAGCGGCCAGUGGCUAUCAAGCGGCAACAGGCAACCACUCAUACGGCCUCCGGGAGCCAAGUUUUUGGGGCAUCCUUAACUGAAAUUUACACGGGGCGUUUGUUACAUUGUCAAGCUU